AUGGCAAGACCAUCUGUGAGCUCACAGUCUCUAGUGGACCUAGCGAGCUCAAAGAUUCAAUCAAAGAAAGAAACCAAGGGUUAUGAUGAGCACAAUCCGGCUGCUUCAUCAUUCUCAGAUCAUGAAAUAACACAAGAGCCGAUAAAUAACAAGGGAUUGAAAAAUAAACAGGAGCAACACAAGAAUAUAGAGUUGAUCAGGAAGAAGUACACACUUCAGAAUAAAUCGCUAGCCAAAAACAACUCUUUAAUGAUGCUCAGAAUAUCAGAAAUGGAGGCUAAAGUGAGUGAUUUGAUAAAUGAGAAUAUGUUAUUGAGGAAGAGAAGGACGUACAAAGAUACAGAAUUGAAAAAACAAUUAGAAUCGAAACUUGUAAACUUGGAAACGGGGUUAAUGCAUAAAUUCAGCGAAAUAUUUGAGAUGCUUAAAGGGGUGAGGAUGAAUGAAGGUAUACCCGAAAAUCCCCGGUUAGACGUUUUCAAGAAUUUCGUUGAUGAAGCUCCCUCAGCUACAUCUACGCCUAUAGAAGAAGUAGCGGAGAUAGGGAAUAGUCCGUUUUUAUUUAAUACUAGGCCAUUAGCACAGCCAUUGAAGGAUGACUCGUUCACUUUGCCUAAAUCCCAUCUAUAUUUGCAUACGGCUGAUAAAGGAAGCAGGCAGCCGACUGUAACUGAAAGAGAUUCUAUUGAAGAGAGGGAAAGCAAUUCUGUUGAAAUGAGGGAAGAAGAUAAAAUUGAUCCUGUUAAAGAUAGUUCUGUAAGCAAUGUUCUCCUUGAAGGGCUGGAAAAUACUUCUCCAAUGCACAAUAUUAAGGUUCAUGAACUCAAAAAAGCUGGAAAACAAGAUACCGAGGUAAUAGAAUUUCCUCAGAAGCUUCCUCAGAAGCUUUCAACCGCCAAUAGAAAGAUUCAAUCAAAAGAGUCUCGCAUGUUUGACGUAUACAAUGAUAAAGAUAAAAAUAAUGAUGGGAUAGAUAUUUUGAGUAAUAAAAAGAAUUCAAGACGAACAAAGAUAACAGGAAAAGCAGCCCAAAAACAGCUGGUAAUUGCUCAAGAUGACCCUCCAAUUAAGGAAGAGGUGCCUCAAGAGGUGCGUCAAGAGGAUGCCUUAAAAGAGGAUACCCAGGAGGAUGCCCAAGAAGAGGUACAAGAGGAAGAUCAAGAGGAAGAUCAAGAGGAAGGUCAAGAAGAGGGCCAAGGAGGGAGCAGAAGACCUAGUCGUAGCAGAAAACCUGUUAGUUAUAAAUGGCCUUCAUUAUCGAAGAAAAUGAGACGACAAUCGGAAAAAUUUGUUGAUGCAGUUAUUGUCCCCGAUGAGGAGGAACCUUCUGCUGACUCAUAUAUUAAGGAAGAAUCUCAAUCGCAUAAUGAGCGAAAGAGAACUAAAGGCAAUGAUAAUACGGAAAAUAAUUCUUCCAAGAGAUCAAAGCGCCAACCAUUAGGUAAUGUUACGCUUGCCAACAAUAAUAAAACCAACUCUCGGAAAGAAAAUGCAGAUUCCAAGGUCAAAGCGCUUAAUACCAAUGUCGUUCAAGACUUAAAUAAUGAGACUGACAAAGUAGUUCAAUCUAAGAUGGAAAUCCAGAUAGAGAGAGAUGAGAAGAAUGAUCCGUCUAUCUUCGAUUUCGACGACGUCUACAAGCCACCAAAAACAUACAAGAAGCGUAAACAAGGUAGUACCAAGGUGGAGAAGAGAACAUAUGAAAACAGAAGGCACAGCAUGUUAAUUUAG